ACAAAGCAGAUGAUGACGUCAGAGCCAUCGAAUUGGACGACAGCGCGUCCGUCGGCGUUUUCAGUCUGCUUGUGCCGCGUGGAAAAAUGCGUGCAUGCGCACACGUACCCUUGCAUCCAUCUUGAAGUGGGGAGGCCGCGUGAACGCGCCCCCCUCCGCCCCCUUCCUCUUCUUUCAGCGUCCCUGCGUGCGCGCUCUCGCUCCCGACUCAGGCUCGGAGUGAGCCCGGGCACAGACCACCCUCGGCGGGGUAUCGAGAAAGAUGGAGGCGCGGUUCGGAGGGAGACUGUUGUGGCUGGCCGCGCUGUCCGGCGUCCUCUGCGUGGACACUGUGCUCGCGAAAUACGUCAAAGGCGUCGUGGACACCAAUGAGGACUGGGUUUUCCUCACUCGCUUCUGCUUCCUCACCGAUUUUGGACGUCUUGACUUCCGGUUCCGUUACCCCAAGUCUCGCUGCUGUCAGAACAUAUUACUCUACUUUGACGAUGCUUCCCAGUGGCCGGCUGUGUACAAGAGGCCCGAAAAGAACUGCUACCAGAAGGAGGCGGUGCUGAGGCCCGAGAACAACCAGGUCAUCAACCUCACCACCCGCUACACUUGGUCGGGAUGUGUGGUGGAGGGCGACGAUGGCGAGGAGGUGCUGAGCUGCAUCGGCGGCCGCAGUUUCCGCUCAGUGAGGGAGAGGUGGUGGUACAUCGCGCUCAGCAAAUGCGGGGGCGACGGCCUUCGGCUGGAGUACGAGAUGAAACUGACCAACGGACAGUCGUUCUGGACGCAGCACUUCUCCGCCGAUGAAUUCGGGAUCCUGGAGACGGACACCACCUUCCUGGUCAUCUUCUCCGCCGUGUUCCUGCUCUCCUGCUACUUUGCCUAUAAUCUGAAGGGGAGGCAGCUUCUUCACACCACCUACAAAAUGUUCAUGACUGCCGCAGGUGUGGAGGUGCUCAGCUUGCUGUUCCACUGCGUCUAUUGGGGCCUCUACGCUCGGGAUGGCGUCGGCAACGGCAGCCUGAAAAUACUCGGGAAAUUACUCUUCUCACUCAGUUUCCUGGUGUUCCUGCUCAUGCUCAUACUGCUAGGCAAAGGUUUCACCGUCACCAGGGCAAGGAUCAGCCACAGCGGCUCGGUCAAGCUGAGCAUCUACAUGACCGUCUACACAAUCACCUACGUCAUCCUCUUCAUCUACGAGGCCGAGUUCUUUGAUCCCGGCGAGGUUCUGUACGCCUACGACAGCCCGGCGGGCUACGGUCUGAUGGGAUUGCAGCUUUUGGCCUACGUGUGGUUCUGCUACGCCGUGCUGGUCUCGCUCAAGCACUACCCCGAAAAGCAGCCCUUCUACGUGCCCUUCUUCACAACCUACACGCUGUGGUUCUUCGCCGUGCCCGUGAUGGCUCUCAUCGCCAACUUUGGCAUCCCCCGUUGGGCUCGGGAGAAGAUCGUCAACGGCAUUCAGCUCGGCAUCCACCUCUACGCCCACGUCGUCUUCCUGGUGAUAACGCGACCGUCGGCGGCCAACAAGAACUUCCCGUACCACGUGCGCACGUCUCAGAUCGGGAUCCUGCUGUCCAGCCCCAAAGGCGGCGAGAGCGGCGAAAGCUUCCCGCACCACGCUUACGGCAACGGCUCCUUCCUGGGAGACUCGCAGCCCAACUUCACCGAACUCUUCUCCAUCCAGUCGGAUCCAGUCAAGACGGUGGAGGAAACGGUGCCGCGGAAGGUCCCCGACGUGCCGAGGAACAGCGAGCAGAAGAUCAUCACCACCUCGGCCCCCGUCGACGACCCGACGUCCAUUUUGCCGCCACUUCCGCCCCCCAUCCCGCCGCGCCCAGCAGCAGCCGCCGCCGUCCGCUCGCCCCCGCUCCCGCUGCGGCUCCCGUCGUUCACCGAGUACUUCAGCAUGCAGGGGGCCGGCGGAGGCGGCUUCGGAUCAAAGGCGUGAAAACCAGAGGACGGAGUGAGUACAAAUUCAAGACGUUAUGGGAGGAGCACACAAAAGCGCUUGUUCCUAGAGAAGCAAUAAAUAUUUGACCAACGGGAAGGACUUCUGCGCGCCACGCUGUGAAAAAAAAACUGACAAAAUCCCUCAAUUUCAUUUUUUUAUUUUUUUUUGGUGAAUGUAUAAAUAGCUUCACAGCCGAGCUCCCGCUUGCACUCAUUUUUAUUUUUCGUAUUAUUUAAAUUCCACUUUCGACCAGAAAAAAAAUCAUGUAUUUCACUCCUUUUUGAAGAAAAAAAUACUGUAGUUUAAAAAUAUAUGUAUUUUUUGGUUUGUACACUUGCACUCAUUUUUAUUUUUCAUAUUAUUUAAAUUCCACUUUCAACCAGAAAAAAAAAUCAUGCAUUUCACUCCUUUUUGAGAAAAAAAAAUACUGUAGUUUAAAAAAAAUAUAUAUUUUUUUGUUUGUACACAUUUUGAUGAGAGGGGGAAAAAAACAGCUAUUCUUUAAGAUUUUUAUUCAUUUUUAGAUUGGUAACCUUUUGAGAUUAAUUUGUCGUGUACAAAGGGGCGGAAAAAAAACUAAAAAGUUGUUCAUUGUUACGUCGAGGAACCACUUGGUAUGGAUGUUUGCCUUCACAGCUGCAGAUUCGUCAUAUGCUGUCAAUGUUAAACGGCUUUUUUGGUAUUUGUAACGAAAGAGAAAAAAAAAUGACGCAUGUUUGUGUUGUGUUUCCCGUCCAUAAAGCCGUUCUCUGUAUUCGGUGUUCGCUUAUGGUGUGUAUUGAGCAUUCAACUUUUUUAGUCAUACACACAAUAAGCUUCCGUGUUCUCAUCAAGCCUCAAAAGAAGCUUCAGUCAGCAAAAUCGGGUGAAACUUUGAUGAAUGUUUUCAUGCCAAAUGGCACAAGAAUAUUUUAUUCGGGGGAAAUUGACAACUACCGGUACUCAUAUUGUGACAGUUUCAUCUCGUAAAGAUUUUCCCCUUGGUUGUUUUCAUGGAUUCUCUGAUGUUCUCAUAAAAUGUCACUUUUUUUAAUGAUUACUCUUCAGUUUCACGGCUCGUCGUCCAAAUUGCCAGUCGGUAAAACAACAAAGCUCAUAGUUAGCCAAAUAACAUUGAGUGUCUUGCUCACUUAUCACAACUUGUUAUUUUUACACCCAAGUGUCCACUAAUUCUGAACGGAAAGAUAGUCAAGAUUGCUCCUUCCUUAUAUCAACGUGAUUGUUUUAUGGGGUUUUUUUUUUUGUGCUGACAUUUCAAUUCCGUGGACAGAUGCAACGGCUAAUGUUAGCGAGCCCAACCAUGUAGCAUUCAAGUCAGUGAGCUCAAAUUGAAGUCAAUUUUAGUUUAAAAGAUAAAUAAACACAUUUUAACAUGUACAGCCUUGGGGAUGUAAAUAUAAGUGUUCAAAAAUAGGGGUUUGAAUGUAUUUAGCAUGACACGGCUAACUCCGUGGAGGGCUCGCGUUAUCUCAAAAACUCAACCGUUUUGCACCUGAGUGUUCAAACCGUGCCAAUGUUUGAAUUUCUGGUGUAACGUCAAACUACUACGGCGACAGUGUGUAGAAAAAGCAACAAGUGCACAUAUUGUGUGUCCUGCAUGGAGCACUUUAAUGUUCCUGGUCUUGUUUAUUUGUGAUGAUGUCACCUUGCUACCUUGUUGUUACCACAGCUAGAAAUAUGCUAAAGUGUACACAUGUAAAUAAAUCCCUGCUGUGGUGUCGAUCGUACCACUAGCUUCUCUUGAAAAAAAAAAAUAUAUAUAUAUAUUUAAUAUAUAUAAAUCUGGGUUGGCGGGACAAGAAAAUGGCAUUGGUCUGAAUAUAUUAGCAUCAGUUUUGGUUAUUGUUCCAAACAUGUCCAGGUACAAUUUUGAAGUUUUUAAAACGAUCUGUGUUGUUUCUACUUUACUCUUGUAAGACAUUAGACAUUUUGUCAUAACAUUUCCAUAAUACAGUGAAACCCCAUUAAGCUCAUGAUACGUUCAUGAAACACUCCUUGAAACUUAACCUUAAUAAAACACACUUUUUAAAUUAUUCCUUUUCACCUCUUCUCACUCGCAUUGUGAAGAAACGCAAUCAUAUAACAUCACUGAGGAAAUGUAAAGGUCUCCAAAUAAGAGCAAAGCACACUUGCUUCAAAGUCUUUGUAACUCCGUUGAAAUGUUCUGUGAAACGAACACAUAAAACAAGAGUGGUAAUCAUUGAUUAUUCAAACACCAAAUUGCUUAACAAAUCCGUAUUUUGCAGAACAAAGUCUACUGGCUAAUUGCAAACAUAUAAUGUAAAAUGUUGCUGUGAAACAAAGACAUAAAACAAAAAAGCAUUAAACGUAUAUUAAAAAAACACUCAAACGUUCAACCAGACCAUCCCAUUUUAUUGAACAAAAGCCAACUAGCUUAAUGCUAAAAUUUAAUGUGAAAUGUCAAUGGCAGGCUAACCAAAAUUAGCAUAGACGUGGCAGUAAUUCUAAACAACGAAGGGGGAACACUGUUGCCAUUUUUUCCCCACGCACCUUUAGCAUUUGUUCUCGUGUGACUUAAGUACAGAGUAACACUUGAUUGAAUUGUUGUAUUGUACUUGUAUGUGGUUACAUGUCUAAUGUACAUGUAUAUAAUCCUUUUGUUCUGUCGCCAUGAGUACGACACCGGAUCGCUGCUUCUGCAUUUAAACGCGCAUGCGCGCACACACACGGCUGGAGGGCUGAGCUAGAAGACCGCAUUUUUUUCUUCUUUUUUUUUAAAAACUCCGGUUAAGAGCACACGUCACUGAAGGAAGCACUGUUCAAAUGGAUUUUAAUGGUGUCAAAUACGCUGUAGAUGAUACCGUUGUUGCCAAAAUAAUUAAAACAUGUUUUACUACA